UUGAGCGUUUCUUUGGAUAAAUGGUUUAUGAAGAUGAUUGAUGUGGUUUUUUCAUUCCAAGAUGGCACUGUACAUACUGUGUGGAGAGCCAUCGGGAUCCAAGUUAACAUCUUGCCAUUAGGCAUGAAACAAGGAUUUACUAUAAAUUGGUUAGACUACAGCGGCGUUCUUGUGAGUUCCGUCCAGGCAGGGCUUGUUAUUUCAUGUUUUUUGCAGGAGCCUUUUAAGUCUGUACCUGUCAUAUGGACUAUACAAGAGCCUUCCCUGGCUAUCCGUUUGAGUUCCUAUGCCAAAAACAGCCACUCCGGGGUUUUUAGUCAAUGGAAGCAAGUUUUUAGCAGGACUAAUGUCGUAGUUUUUACAAACUAUUUUUUACCACUUAUGUUUUCAGCAUUUGACGUGGGCAACUACUUUGUUAUUCCAAGUUCAGUUUCUGAGGCAUGGAUGGCAGAUACUUUUAUUGCUGCACACAACGACAGCAAUUUAAGAAUUGAUACCAAUUAUAGUUCAGAGGAUUUUAUCAUUGCUUUAGUUGGAAGUAAAUUUGAAUACAGUGGUAUGUGGUUGGAGCAAGCACUUGUAUUGCAAGGUCUGACACCGCUACAGAAUGAAUUUCGUUCUAAAAACUAUUCUUAUCAUAUACUGAAAGUUGGAAUAUUAAAUGGAAACUCAAGUAACACAUACAAUAUGUCUCUUGAGAUUACUGCUUUAAAUUUUGAUUAUCCAAAGGGUGUUGUUCACGAGAUUGGUGGUGGUGCUGACGAUUACAGUUUCCUUGGUAUAGCUGAUGUCGUAAUAUAUGCAUCUUUUCUUGAGGAACAAUCUUUUCCGCCAGUUUUGUUGCAGGCUAUGAGUCUUGGAAAGUUAGUUGUUGCUCCGGAUCUCGACAUGAUUAAUAAAUAUAUUGUGGAUGGGGUAAAUGGGUUUCUUUACCCAAAAGGCAACGUUGGCAAGCUGAUGCAGCUUCUUCGUAGAGCAAUUUCAAAUGGGGAAUUAUCUUAUUUGGCAAAGCAAAUUGCAUUAGUAGGCCAAAGGCAAGCAAGAAAUUUAAUGGUCUCUGAAACUAUUCAAGGCUAUUCUUGGUUACUGGAAAACGUUCUCUUGUUUCCAUCCGACAUUUCUCUUCCAAAAGCAAUUACGGAGAUACCUUCAAAAAUGAAAGAGGAGUGGCAAUGGCAUCUGUUUCAGAAUUUAAGUGCUUUGGACAAUCUAAAUGAGAAAAGGAGAAAGUAUGAAUUUUUGGAUAAACUAGAAUGGAAUCAAACUCAUACAGAAGCUGAUGCUAAUACCAAUUCAAGGUUGGAUGAAUCAUUUUCCUUCAUAAAUUGGAAAGAAGAAAAGAUGAUUGAGGCAGUUAAUGUUAGAAAAAGGUUAGAAGAAGAAGAGUUGAAGAACAGGGCUGAUCAGCCUCAUGCAACUUGGGAGGAAGUAUAUCGAAGUGCUAAAAGAGCUGACAGAGCAAAAAACGAAUUACAUGAAACUGAUGAGAAGGAGCUUGAGCGGACCGGUCAGCCUUUGUGUAUUUAUGAACCUUAUUUUGAGGAAGGAACAUGGUUUUUCCUGCACAACAGUUCACUCUACCGUGGUAUAGGAUUGUCAUCCAAAGGGCUGAGACCUGGAGCCUAUGACAUAGAUGCCUCUUCCAGACUAACUCUUCUUGGUAAUUCAUAUUACCGUGAUAUGCUCGGUGAAUUUGGAGCUCUUUUUGCUUUAGCCAAUCGCAUAGACCGAGUACACAAGAAUGCCUGGAUCGGAUUUCAGUCAUGGAGAGUUGGAGCUAAGAAGGAAUCAUUGUCUAAGAAGGCUGAGAAAGCACUCUUGGAGUCCAUUGAGGGGCAAAAACAUGGCGAUGCUUUAUAUUUUUGGGUUGGCAUGGACAAGGAUCCAAGAAAUCCUCAAAAUCAAGAUUUCUGGACCUUUUGUGAUUCUAUAAAUGCUGGAAACUGCAGGUUUGUUGUUUCUGAGGCUCUGCGGCAGAUGUAUGGUGUACCACAUGAUUGGGAUUCCUUGCCCCCAAUGCCUAGUAUUGGCGGUACUUGGUCUGUUAUGCAUAGUUGGGCAUUGCCUACGAGAUCUUUCCUCGAGUUUGUCAUGUUUUCAAGAAUGUUUGUUGAUGCCUUGGACGCACAGAUGUAUGAUCAGCACUAUCGAAGUGGUUAUUGCCAUUUAAACUUGGGGAAGGGUGGGUAA